CGAACUUGCGACUUUGCCUCGGGGGCAUUCCGAACGUUCAAAGUUGCGUUUGCUUUCCUCGAGACAUUGUCACAGAGACUUGGGGUGGCUACCCGAGACUUUUACGUAGUGCUGCCACGUACGGCCCUGGACUGUCAAACUUCUUCCGCACAUCCCGGACGGCAACAGCCUAUGAUUUAUUCGGUCUCUCUGGCGAAUCCCUUUCUGUUCAAGUGUCGCUUGGGGAGUAUUGUAUCGAAUUGCAUUUCAAAGAAGCCCUUGGCCGAAGUCGCCUCGGAGCUUGGGGCCCCUGAUAAACCGCACGAUGCCCCCGAGGAAUUGGACCCGGACCCUUCCAAGACAAGGGCCAGCCCAGCACCGAUGCAGGUGAUUGGGGGGAACAAGUUGGGGGAGGAGAUGGUGGUGAACAUCCGUUCCAUUUCAAAGGUGCGCUUGCACAUGUUGCUGGGAGACUGGCUUGCCAUUACUUUACUAGCGUGCAGAACCAUCAUCUGUCAACGGGGCUGGCUUCGAUGUCUCGCGGCCCUGCAUGCGCCAUUUGUCGUUGGUAUCAAUCGGGGCAGAUUAAAAAGACGGGCGAAUUUCGAGAUCAACCACGCUGCGUCAUGGACUCGAUGUUGCGCAGAUUCCGAGCUGUUUCCGAAAUCCUAUCACGAAUGGGAGUGGUCGGUAUAUCUCUUGUUUGCUUAUCAACCCUCCGAUCCGCGGAACUUGGUGGUGUCCACGGCUGGACGGCAGCGGCCGGCGAAGGACCAGGGACGUCUGGGAUGCGACUUUUGCCAUUUCCCCAAGCGCUUGCGGCGGCAUUGA